GAAUUUGUGACUUCAAAAGAGCAAACAAAACCCAUAUGGUCAUAUCCUAACACAAGUACACAACCCACCAUUCCACACAAAACCCAAAAAUAUUCUCAUCUUCAAUUCUUCACCAUUGUUAGUUUUGGUUGAAGAAAGAGAGAAAAUGGAAGCAAUAAGUGGAUUAAGCAGUCCUUGCAAUUGCAUUUCAUCGCUACCAAACUCUUCCCUUCCCACCCACCACCAGAACCUCCACUUCCGCCGCAACAACCACCAAAAGUUAGCCGCAUUUCACUCACAAUCCCAUCUUUUUUCCACAAAAUGCCCUCUUUCCUCUCUCUCUCCUCUCCGAAAGAAUUCCUUCAAACCCCGCAUCUUUCUUCCUCACUUAGUCGCUUCAAUGAAUCAAGUUGAGGAGACCUACAUUAUGAUUAAACCAGAUGGGGUUCAGCGUGGCCUUGUUGGAGAGAUAAUUUCAAGAUUUGAGAAGAAGGGUUUUAAGUUGAUUGGGUUGAAGAUGUACCAAUGCCCCCAAGAAUUAGCUGAGGAGCACUACAAGGAUUUAAGUUCCAAGUCAUUUUAUCAGAAGCUGAUUGAAUACAUUACUUCUGGUCCCGUUGUGUGUAUGGCUUGGGAGGGUGUUGGAGUUGUUGCAUCAUCACGCAAUCUAAUAGGGGCCACAGAUCCUCUUCAAGCUGAACCUGGAACUAUUAGAGGAGAUCUUGCUGUUCAAACUGGAAGGAAUGUGGUUCAUGGAAGUGAUAGCCCUGACAAUGGAAAGCGUGAAAUAGGUCUGUGGUUUAAAGAAGGUGAAAUAUGCCAAUGGACCCCUGCUCAAGCACCAUGGCUGAGGGAGUAGUGAUUUUUUGACCCGUUUCUAUGAUUCUAUUUAUAGAGCGUUGCACAGUUUUGAGGCCUUGUUUGCACUGGCUAAACAUUAAUUUAAUUCUGCCAUGUGCUUCAAAUGCAUUUUUUUUCUAUAAGAUUUGUGUAUUAGAUCUAUACAGACAAUCACAAGUUUUGUAAUCGAAUACGAGUUGCUGUUGUAAUAAAAUGCUGAUGAUUCAUUACACAAUCACGCAUUGCGAUUGUAACAAUAUGUGAAGUUUAUGACUU